ACGUCACCGCGUCCGGAUUACGAAUGGUACACGCGCGUGUACUCCGUCCAUGAGGAGGAGCAAACCAUUGCAGUUUGACAGCGGGGAAGAACAGAUCGAUUCUUUACUCUUUCUCGACUCCCAAACUACUCAAUUUUCCUCUUUCCACCCAUUUAAUUCCCUCCAGUUCUUUCUUGCCUUUGAUCCUUUUAUUUUGGUGUCUUGGAGACGACCCAGAUUGUUCAGAUUUGUUCUUUUAUCCCCAUUGUUGCGGGGAUUCUUAUUAAAAGAUCAUUUCUUUGGUUGUUAGUUGUUCGAUUUUGUUUCGUGGAUGACGUUUCACACCGGAAGAUCGUUCAGGUUGUAUGGUUUGGAUCUCCAGUUACUUUUUCUUUUUGGUUCUCGAUUUUUUUAGGGUUCAAGAAAGGACUGUUUUGGAGAUCAACAGAACUUUCCAAGGUUUGUUCUUGGGGGCUCUAGACUAGGUUAAAUAUGUCAUCCGCGAGAAUGCCGUCGUCCAGAACGCGGGAAUCAAGAAAGACAACCAGGACAGAACGGCCGAAGGUGAAGCCCCGCCCACCGACCUCGCUGCAGCCCGUGAGAUCGAUGCCGCUCGAUUCCAGGAUUGCUGGCGGCUUGCCUUCCAUGGACGGGGCCAGAAAGGUCGAAUCGGGUGCGAAAUUUGCUUCUUUGAAGGAAAAGGAUACGAAAGAGAAGGGUAAGAGGGAUGCCAAGCGGAAGGAAAAUUUAUCGUACAGCUCGAAGCGCGACGAGAGACCUUCAGCGGAUGCGAAGGAUGUGGGGGAUGCCAAGGGGAACGAGGAAUCACCGUGCAGAUUGGAGACCACUUCUGGCGUGGAGAGACCACCGGAGGAAGCAAAGGAUAUGGGGGACGCCAAUUGGAACAAGGAUCUAUCAUACAUUUUGAAGAGCCCUAAUGGUGAGGACAGAUCUCUGGGGGAAGCAAAGGAUGUGGGGGACGCCGAGGGGUACGAGGAUUCGCCAUACAGCUUGAAGACCACUUUUUACAAGAACAGGCCUCUGGAAGAAGAGGAAGGAGAAGUUCGAUUGUCGAAUCCAGCGACUGCUAAAAUGCUUCCAAUCUCCCCAUCGAGGACCGAGUCCAAUUGGGGAGAUACCAGUUCGUUUGUGAUGAAAAAGAAACUUCAAGCUUGGUGUCAACUUUCUAAUGGUGUUUGGGCACUAGGGACCAUACUAUCAUCUUCUGGAUCAGAGUCUGUAAUAUCUCUUUCUGAGGGUGGAGUUUUAAAGGUCAACACUGAAAGUUUGUUAGCUUCAAACCCUGAAAUUCUUGAUGGGGUGGAUGAUCUUAUGCAACUUAGUUAUCUAAAUGAACCAUCGGUCUUGUACAACCUACAACUUAGAUACUCUCGAGAUUCAAUAUAUACUAAAGCAGGACCAGUUUUGGUUGCUAUCAAUCCAUUUAAAGAAGUACAUCUUUAUGGAAAUGAGUACAUUGAAGCAUAUAAACAUAAGUCUAUAAACAGCCCACAUGUUUAUGCAAUAGCUGAUACUGCCAUCCAUGAAAUGAUCCGAGAUGAUAUCAAUCAGUCAAUUGUUAUAAGUGGUGAAAGUGGAGCAGGGAAAACUGAAACGGCAAAAAUAGCAAUGCAAUAUUUGGCUGCUCUUGGUGGAGGUAGUGGUAUUGAAUAUGAAAUUCUACAAACAAAUCCAAUACUUGAAGCAUUUGGGAAUGCAAGAACAUUACGAAAUGACAAUUCUAGCCGCUUUGGAAAGCUCACUGCAAUUCAUUUUAGUGUGACUGGCAAAAUAUCUGGUGCCUCAAUUCAAACAUUUUUACUUGAGAAGUCAAGAGUGGUACAAUGUGCAGUGGGUGAGCGAUCUUAUCAUAUAUUUUAUCAGCUAUGUGCUGGUGCUCCCAAAUCUCUAAGAGCAAAAUUAAAUCUGAGGAAAGUGGACGAAUAUAAAUACCUGAAGCAGAGCAAUUGCUAUACUAUUGCUGGGGUUGAUGAUGUUAAAAGGUUCCAUCUCGUUAUGAAAGCUAUGGAUGUUGUUCAUAUCAGCAAAGUGGAUCAAGAGAGUGUAUUUGCUAUGCUUGCUGCAGUUUUAUGGCUGGGUAACAUAUCCUUUAUGGUGAUUGAUAACGAAAAUCAUGUUGAAGUUGUUGCAGAUGAAGGUGCACAAACUGUUUCUAAGCUUAUUGGAUGCACUGUUUCUGAACUCAAUCUUGCCUUGUCAACUCGUAAGAUGAAAGUUGGCAAUGAUAACAUUGUCCAGAAGCUUACACUUGCACAGGCAAUUGAUACAAGAGAUGCAUUAGCAAAAUCGUUAUAUGCUAGUCUCUUUGAGUGGCUUGUAGGACAGAUCAAUAAAUCGCUUGGAAUAGGCAAGCGUCACACUGGAAGAUCCAUCAGUAUUCUUGAUAUCUAUGGAUUUGAGUCUUUUGAUAAGAAUAGUUUCGAACAAUUUUGCAUCAAUUAUGCUAAUGAAAGGCUGCAACAACAUUUUAAUCGCCACCUGUUUAAACUGGAACAAGAGGAAUAUGUUCAAGAUGGCAUAGACUGGGCAAAAGUUGACUUUGAGGAUAAUCAGGACUGCCUUAAUCUUUUUGAGAAAAGACCACUAGGGUUGUUGUCUCUUUUGGAUGAAGAGUCUACUUUUCCAAACGGGACUGAUCUUACAUUCGUGAAUAAGCUUAAGCAACAUCUUCAUUCUAGUCCAUGCUUUAGAGGAGAAAGAGACAAGGCUUUUACAAUCCAUCACUAUGCAGGGGAGGUGGUCUAUGACACAACUGGGUUUUUGGAGAAGAAUAGGGAUCUACUGCACAUGGAUAUUAUUCAGCUCCUUGCUAAUUGUAAAUGCCAUCUUCCUCAAAUCUUUGCUUCAAAAAUGCUAUCUCAAUCUGAAAAUUCAGCAGCUAGUCCAUAUAGAUUCAAUGUUGCAGAUUCCCAAAAGUUAAGUGUUGCAUCAAAGUUUAAGGGGCAACUAUUUCAACUGAUGCAAAGACUUGGGAAUACAACACCUCAUUUCAUACGCUGCAUUAAACCAAACAACUCGCAACUUCCUGAAACAUAUGAACAAGGACUUAUAUUGCAGCAGCUUAGAUGUUGUGGAGUUCUAGAAGUGGUUCGUAUAUCAAGAUCUGGUUAUCCUACCAGAAUGUCUCACCAAAAGUUUGCUAAGAGGUAUGGCUUUCUCCUCGAGAAUGUUGCAUCUCAAGAUCCUCUAAGUGUCUCAGUGGCAAUACUGCAACAGUUUAGCAUUAUUCCAGAGAUGUAUCAAGUUGGUUACACAAAAUUAUUUUUCCGAACUGGACAGAUUGGUUUACUUGAAGAUACAAGAACUCGUACUCUUCAUGGCAUUUUAAGGGUGCAAAGCUGUUUCAGAGGUCAUCAAGCUCGGCUUUAUGUGAAAGAACUUAAAAAAGGAAUUGUUGCAUUGCAAUCAUUUAUUCGGAGUGAGAAGACGAGGCGUGUGUCCUCAGGUUUGCUUCGGAGGCACAGAGCUGUGAUUGCUUUGCAGAGAAAUAUAAAAUGCCGAGCUGCUAGGAGGAACUUUGUUGACGUCCGUAAUGCAUCAAUAGCAAUACAAUCUGUCAUCCGUGGAUGGCUUGUUAGGAGGUGUUCCAGAGAUGUCGCUUUGCUCAAUGCAAAUAAGCAUAUUGGAGGUACAAAGGGUGAGGAACCAGAAGAGAAUUUGGUGAAGUCAUCUGUCCUUGCGGAACUAGAAAGGAGGGCUUUAAAAGCCGAGGCAGCACUGAGGGACAAGGAAGAAGAGAACAACAUUCUUCACCAGAGGCUUCAACAGUAUGAGAGUCGAUGGUCCGAGUAUGAGCAAAAGAUGGAAUCCAUGGAAGAAGUGUGGCAGAAGCAGAUGGCAUCCUUGCAGUCUAGCCUCUCGGUCGCAAAGAACAGCUUUGCUAUUGAUGACAUUGAACGACAUUCUGUUGCAUCACUAGAUCAAAGUUGGAGCAGCACAGACCCCAUCAGGGCCAAGGGAUGGGAGAAUGGAAAGCGAUCAGUUUCUCGAGCAAUUAACAGAGAUAUGAGCUCUGGCCUGAGCGUCAUCAGCCGUCUGUCUGAAGAAUUUGAGCAGCGGACACAGGUGUUUGCAGAUGAUGCAAAGUUUUUGUUGGAGGCGAAGUCUGGUAAGUCAGAGGCGAGCCUGAAUCCAGAAAGAGAACUGAGGAGGCUAAAACAAGACUUUGAACUAUGGAAAAAGGACUUCAACUCUCGUUUACGAGAGGCAAAGAUGGUCAUAAACAAGCUUGGAACAGAUGAUGCAGGUUCUGACAAGGGAAAGAGGAAAUGGUGGGUGAGAUUGAAUAGUCGAAGGAUAAUGUGAAACGGCAACAAAACGGCCAUAUUGCACUGUCAUAAACCCUUGUGAUUAUAUAUGCAAAUUGAAGGAGAAGACUUCUGUUGUGUAUUAUCGCUGAGUUACGAAUGAUCAAAAGCUUGGCAUUUAUUAUUAGCUUUUGCUAUGUAUCUGCUGUAUAUUGCCCCAAAAAAACAUCGUUGUUUAUGAAUGAUUAUCCAGAUAUGCUCCAUUUCCAAGUA